CUAAAGCUAAUCCUCAUCCCUCCUCUCUUAAUCUUUCCUCUCCUCGAAAAUACGUUGCCCUGUACUAAUGGUAUCGGCGAAUGGAAGUUUGGGGCAUGGACACAAUUUCCAAUGGAUGUUUGGACAAGGGUGAGGCGAGGGAUCGAGGCGACAAUUCUUCCCCACCACCACCGGUCGAAGCGAGAGGGUCAGCAUCGCGACCACCACCGCAGGUUGUUAAGGCACGAGGAUCGGGAAGGUUCUCGUGAACGGGAAAGGAAGCAAGAGCGAUCAGUUGGAUUGAGGGGGAAUGAUCGAGAAGGCAGCAGGGAGAGAUUUGAUCGGUCUCACAACCGUCGAAGGCGAGAGCUUUCUAGCAAUGAUACUUGGGGAAUUGUUGUUACGGGUGUCCCAGACAAGAAAAUCAAACAUCAAGAUUCUAAUGGCUUUAAUUCAAGCUUAGGUGGAGUGAUGCAGAUGUGAUACGUUUGAAUUUUGGAUUAUUGCCUAAGAAUGAUGGAUUUACUGAUUCUAAUGGUUGGGCCUUUGUGGAAGCAAAAUCAGACUUGCAAGGUACUGUGGGGAAGAUUAAAAAAAAAUGGCCAUGUGAACCGGUGGGGAAACGACGAGGGUGAAGCUAUGAUUAGGGGUGGAUCCUCGUGGAACGUUUUUCAUGGCAUUAGGACACGUUGCCCUUGUGAUGGUGGGGUUGUUUCCGAGCAGUCAUGUGAUGAUCAAGUGAAGGGAAAUCAAUUGCUAUAGUUGAUUCAAUUCAAUCCGCUUCGACGUAAGGUGAGUGUAAAGGGGGUAAAUUCUACGCCUUACGGUAUUCAAGUUUUUGAGAUUUGACUGCUAUGUGCCGUACUUGCAUUUGUAUGCUUAUAUGAUGUCAUAUGAUUUGUGUGAGUUAUGCUUCCAGUUUUAUGUUGUUGUGUGCUUUACUUACAAGUAAGUUUAAGUUAAAGAAACAAGUUCUUUUUAAGAAGUAACUCACCUUUAAGAAGGUGAAGUCGUUUUAAGUGUUUUUAGUCACUAGCGCCAGUCCGUGGCCUUUUGAGACAUUUUGAGAUAGAGCAGCAGUUAUGCUCUUGAGACUUUUAAGAUGAGCAGCAGUUAUACUCUUGAAUCGUGGUGAAGAGCCACCACGAUAAGUUUAAGAUGUUAGGGGGAUGAAUCGUUACGACUCCCCUAACUAAGUUUAAGUUUAAGGAAAGCCUGGAUGGCUUCUCAUACGUAUGACUUGGCAACCGGACUAGCUAGUGAAGGAUCCUCGUGUCGGUCAAGUAUUUAAGUCAAGAUUUGAGCUUUAAGAGAGGAGAGUAACUUCAACUCCCUCAAAGUUUAAGAGUUAAGAUUUUAAGAUUGGAAGUACAAACAACUUCCACAAGUCAAAGUUAAGUGUUUAAGUAAAGUACUCAAGUAUUAGAAUUAUUAAAACGUAAGGGCGUAGACUGACCCCAUCUCACUCACCAGGACUUAGUAAAGGAAUAAGCGAGAA